AUGGAGAAUUGGCAGGAUCAGCAUGAUGCCUUGAAGGGCGAGGUUGCUCAAUUAACUGGAAAAUUAGACAAAGCUUUGGAGCUUUUGGCUAAUAUGAGUCAACAAGCACAACCAACUGUUUUGGAAGCUACGGAACCUGCUACUUUGACAUCACAAGGGGGAUCUGUAUGGCCAUUCCUUGGUUUAUCCGCUGGAUAUACUCCCCGAGAGUAUAUACCUACUCAACAGGUUCCUCAGAAUGCUCAGACUCCACAGAAUCGGGUUGAAGUUUUUGUCUCACAACAAGAGAAUCUGGAUGAUCCCAGAAAUGCCUAUCAGGGUCCUAAUUUAUUGGGCGAUGUUCCAAAGGUUAUUUCUAAAGUUCCUCGGCUAGAGGAAGCUCAUCAGAAAUUCAAGGCUAUUGAAGACCGUCUAAGUAUGAUGGAAGGAGGAGGUGAUCCCCUAGACCUUGCUAAUAUGUGCCUAGUGCCAGACUUGGUGCUUCCGCCAAAAUUUAAGGUCCCUGACUUCGAAAGGUAUAAAGGCCUCAGCUGUCCAAAGAAUCAUCUGAUUAUGUAUAGCCGGAAGAUGGCCUCCUUUGCUAGUGACGACAAGCUCAUGAUGCAUUGCUUCCAAGAUAGCCUCACUGGGGCAUCACUCAACUGGUACAUGCAGCUGGAAAGGAACCGAAUCCUGUCAUGGCGAGAUUUGGCAAAUGCUUUCAUUAAACAGUACCAAUACAACAUUGACAUGGCUCCGGAUCGUACUCAGUUACAAAACAUGUCCCAAAAGGAGGGUGAGCCGUUCAGGGUUUAUGCUCAACGUUGGAGAGAAUUGGCUGCGCAAGUACGUCCUCCACUCUUAGAAGCUGAACUAGUGGAUAUAUUCACUAACACUCUACAAGGGGCAUAUUUUGAAAGAAUGGUUGGUAGUGUUUCAUCUGGUUUUUCUGAUCUGGUAAAGAUAGGAGAAAGGAUUGAAAAUGGAAUCAAAAGUGGUAAGAUCCAAGCCAAUGUGGGCAGCCAAAAUACCUCGAAGGAGCCUGCAAACAGUGUCGCCAAGAAAGAAGAGGGGGAAAUCAAUGCUGUUACUCCCAAGGGGAGGGUUCUUGAGCCAAUCUCAAUGCCUUACAGCCAGCUCUUAUCAUAUUUGGUGCACAAUGGGAUGGUAACCCCAAGGGCCACAAAGCCAAGAACCGCGCCAUUCCCUGCGUGGUACAAUCCUCAAGCCAAGGGCGAAUAUCAUGCUGGGACAGAAGGUCAUUCGGUAGAUAAUUGUCAGUCCUUCAAGAACAAGGUUCAAGAUCUGGUGACUAAGAAAUUGUUGACCUUCAAAGAGGAAGAGCCAAACAUACAAGACAAUCUAUUGCCCGGCCAUGCGGACCCAUCUAUGGAUGGUAGUUGA